AUGCCGGAUGCCCAAGUGCAACCUCAUCGAUUCCCAUACCCAACGGUAAAUGAGAACUCAAGCCCAAUAUACACGCUGCAGAUCACUGAACCCAACGGCCAGUUCGUGUUCACCCCACUGAGGUUCGAGUCUGGUGUGGAACAUCGAUUCAUGGACACAAUAAGCAGCGAAUCUAUCCCACCGAAAUCGUCGCUCACUGCGACUUGUCCGAAUGCUGUUCUAACCCUGACUUCUGUGCGCAUUCAUGCGGUUAUUGGCCAUCAGUUGCAAUUACUUGGUGAAACGAUGCUGUGCGUUCAAUCUGAAUCCGGUGUGUCAAUUCCAAUCCGAUUCCUGGUAUCAACCCACAGUCCGUCUAUUCUGGGCCUGCGAGUUAUGCGGCUACUACAAGGAUCAAUCACACUUCAUACCAACAACGAUAUGCCAAUCACCUCACAUCUUCAGCAUUUGAUUGUACAGUGUUCCGUUAUCGUUGGGAUCAUGAAAGUACCGUCAGUAAGGAUGGAAGUGGACGAUGAACCUAUUUUCCUAAAACACCGCGUCCUCCCAUACGGUCAACGGGAAGGUGUCCUGAAAGCAGUACAGAAAAUGGAGCAGGAUGGUGUGAUAAGCAAAGCUAAAUCCAGCGCCUGGGCGAUGAAAGGUGAUGAUCAGGCCGAGGGUGAUCACAUGUCCACGCCGAAUAUUCAGGCGCGCUCAUGCAACAUACAAUCCCCGAACUGCAUAGUGACGUUAGUAGGUGCCUACAGAGCACCACUCUCAGAUGAGGAAGUGGAUGGCGACUAUCUGACCAGGGUAAGCAAACAUGCGGAGCGGUUGGUCAUCAUGGGAGACUUCAACUAUCCGGAGAAAACUAGUGGACUCGAUGACAGUGCUAUCCCUGGUGCAGCACGUUAA